AUGGUACAGGAACUACGUUUCGACAACCAAACCGUCGUGGUCACCGGAGCAGGAGGUGGUCUAGGCAAGGCAUAUGCUCUCUUCUUUGCCUCAAGAGGUGCCAAUGUUGUUGUCAAUGACUUGGGUGGCUCUUUCAAGGGCGAAGGUGCCGGUACCAAGGUCGGUGUUUUCUGUCACAUGCUUCUCGCUCCAGUCCCGAUUCUGACGGUAUGCAUCUUCCAGGCCGCCGAUGUGGUAGUCGACGAGAUCAAAGCCGCUGGUGGUAAGGCCGUCGCCAACUAUGACAGCGUCGAACAUGGCGAAAAGAUCAUCCAAGCCGCCAUUGACACCUUUGGCCGUGUCGACGUCCUCCUCAACAAUGCCGGUAUCCUACGUGACAUCAGCUUCAAGAACAUGAAAGAUUCUGACUGGGACUUGAUCAAUACUGUCCAUGUCAAAGGUGCCUACAAAUGCGCCAGAGCUGCUUGGCCACAUUUCAGAAAACAAAAGUACGGCAGAGUCAUCAAUACCUCUUCGGCCGCAGGCUUGUUCGGCAGUUUCGGUCAAUGCAAUUACUCGGCGGCCAAACUCGCCCAAGUGGGCUUUACCGAGACGCUGGCCAAAGAAGGCGCAAAAUACAACAUCCUUUGCAAUGUCAUUGCUCCCAUUGCUGCCAGUAGAAUGACCGAGACGGUCAUGCCUCCGGACGUUCUCGCCAACUUGAAGCCCGAGUGGGUGGUCCCGUUAGUUGCCGUUUUGGUGCAUCCUUCCAACACCACCGAGAAUGGCUCCAUCUUUGAAGUUGGUGGCGGUCACAUCGCGAAACUGAGAUGGGAACGUGCCAAGGGUCUGUUGCUGAAGGCCGAUCAUACUUACACCCCUGGUGCCAUUCUCAAGAAGUGGGACAAGGUGAGCGACUUUUCAGAACCAGAAUAUCCUAACGGUGUUGCCGACAUGGUUGGUAAAUUGGAAGAGUCAUUAAAGAUGGGAAGCAAUGAUCCUGGUGAGGAAAUCCGAUUUGAUGGAAAAGUAGUGUUGGUCACUGGUGGUGGUGCUGGUCUUGGUCGGGGCUAUUGUUUGGCCUUUGCUAAACUCGGCGCUUUCGUUGUGGUCAACGAUUUGGUCAACCCUGACACGGUCGUUCAAGAAAUUCAGAAAUUGGGAGGCAAGGCUGUCGGCAAUAAAGCCUCCGUUCUGGACGGAGCUGCUGUUGUCAAGACCGCCAUCGAUACAUUUGGAAGAAUCGAUAUUUUGAUCAACAAUGCUGGAAUCCUCCGAGACAAAGCUUUCGUCAACAUGGACGAUAAACUGUGGGAUGACAUUAUUGCUGUGCAUCUCAGGGGUACUUACAGCGUCACAAAAGCGGCCUACCCUUACAUGUUGAAGCAGAAAUAUGGCCGCAUUGUGAACACGACUAGCACCAGCGGUAUCUACGGGAAUUUUGGACAAGCCAACUACGCUGCAGCUAAACUUGGUAUCCUUGGAUUCUCUCGAGCUUUGGCCCUGGAAGGCCGCAAGAACAACAUCUUUGUCAACACAAUUGCUCCCAACGCCGGCACCCAAUUGACCCGCACAAUCUUACCAGAGGAGUUGGUGCAAGCGUUCAAGCCCGAAUAUGUUGCUCCUCUCGUGGUCUUGCUUUGCUCCGACAGAGUUCCGGAACCGCCAACAGGUCUCCUUUUCGAGGUCGGCAGUGGUUGGCAAGCACGGACAAGAUGGCAGAGAUCUGGAGGUCACGGCUUCCCUGUUGACGUCAAGCUGACUCCCGAGCAUGUCAUUGAGAAGUGGUCGAAAAUCAUCGACUUUAAGGAUGGCCGUGCCGACCACCCCGAAAAUGGACAAGAAGGAGUCAAGUCCAUCAUGGCCAACAUGGCCAACAAGAGCAAGAAAUCGGACAGUUCUGGCACGGAUUAUCUGGCGGCAAUCGAGAAGGCCAAGCAAGCGAAAGCCAGCGGCACAGAAUUCUCCUACGACGAUCGAGACGUUAUCCUCUACAACCUGUCCUUGAACGCCCAUAGGACGCAGCUGCCUUUGGUCUAUGAGAAUGAUGACAACUUCCAAGUCUUACCAUCAUUUGGUGUCAUUCCCUUCUUCAACGCCGAGUCUCCCUUCAGCAUGGAUGAGAUCAUGCCCAACUUCUCACCUAUGAUGCUCCUCCACGGCGAGCAAUACCUGGAAAUUCGAAAGUUCCCGAUCCCAACCAAGGCCAGGACUAUCUCCUAUCCUCGACUUGUUGAGGUGGUCGACAAAGGCGCCGCUUGCCUGGCAGUCACCGGCAUUACUACCAAGGAUGCAAAUACGGGAGAAGAUCUCUUCUACAAUGAAUCAACCGUCUUCGUCCGAGGUUCCGGUGGUUUCGGAGGACCCAAGAAGGGCGCCAACCGUGGAAAUGCCACUGCAGUCUACCAGCCUCCUAAGCGCGCACCUGAUGCCGUUGUCGAGGAAAAGACCUCGGAGGACCAGGCCGCGUUGUACAGACUGAACGGAGAUCGGAACCCUCUUCACAUCGACCCCGAGUUCAGCAAGGUCGGUGGCUUCAAGGUUCCCAUCUUGCACGGUCUCUGUUUCUUUGGCUUCAGCGGUAAGCAUAUUGUACAGACAUAUGGUUUGUUCAAGAACAUCAAGGUCCGCUUUGCUGGUACCGUCCUUCCAGGGCAAACACUGGUGACUGAGAUGUGGAAGGAGGGCAACAAGGUCAUUUUCCAGACCAAGGUGAAGGAAACUGGCAAGCUGUGUAUCGCUGGAGCUGGCGCAGAAUUGCUUGGUGCUCCCAAGCCCAAAUUGUAG